UUGUUUUUUUUAAUGAUCAGAAAGUGCUUUCUAAAACCAUCUUUCUAUUUUUGCUUUCUGGCGGGAACAAACAAACCCACCACCUAACCUAGAAAUCCCUGAAUUCGAUUCAUAUCUCUGCUCCCAUUUUUCCUUUCUAAGACAUCACAAUACCCACAAACCAUGUACUGGUUAACAGCCAAAACCGUCGUCGUUUCGGCUCCUCGCUGGCGCCCUCUCUCCCUCCUCCUCCGUUCCCCUCUUCAUCGCCGUGCUUUUACCUCCUCUCCUCCCUUACUUAUCAGACAGUGUGAACGGAUUCAUUGCUUGAAAGAACGAAAACUUUUUAAAGGGACCACAAAAGCGACCAGGAAACUUAGAGAAUUGAACAAUGUCCUUGAUAAGGAUCAUUCUCAUAUUCUGUGGUGGAAGGAGAGGAUGCAGUUGUGUAGAAAGCCUUCUUCUAUGCAACUAAUUAAAAGGCUCAUGUACACUAAUUUACUAGGGUUGGAUGUUAACUUGAAAAAUGGAAGUCUAAAAGAAGGAACACUUAACUGGGAGAUUUUGCAGUUCAAGUCAAAAUUUCCUCGUGAAGCUUUGCUCUGCAGGGUUGGGGAUUUUUAUGAAGCUAUUGGGAUUGAUGCUUGUAUUUUAGUGGAAUAUGCUGGUUUGAAUCCUUUUGGUGGGUUGCGUUCAGACAGUAUUCCAAGAGCUGGCUGCCCUGUCGUGAAUCUACGACAAACUUUGGAUGAUCUCACGCGUAAUGGGUAUUCAGUUUGCAUAGUGGAGGAAGUUCAGGGUCCAACUCAAGCUCGCUCUCGUAAGGGCCGUUUUAUAUCUGGGCAUGCACAUCCAGGUAGUCCUUAUGUAUUUGGACUUGUUGGGGUUGAUCACGAUCUUGACUUUCCAGAGCCAAUGCCUGUUGUUGGAAUAUCUCGCUCUGCAAAGGGGUAUUGCAUAGUAUCAGUGCUAGAGACUAUGAAGACAUAUUCUACAGAUGAUGGACUGACUGAGGAAGCCUUGGUUACCAAGCUUCGUACUUGUCGGUACCAUCAUUUGUUUCUGCAUGCUUCUUUGAAACACAAUUCCUCAGGUUUGCAAGGGACUUGUCGCUGGGGAGAGUUUGGUGAAGGAGGGUUAUUGUGGGGAGAGUGUAGUGCCAGACACUUUGAAUGGUUUGAGGGCAAUCCUGUCAAUGAGCUGUUGUUCAAGGUAAAGGAGCUCUAUGGUCUUGAGGAUGAAGUCACAUUUAGGAAUGUAACCGUUGCUUCAGAAAACAGGCCCCGUCCCUUGCACUUAGGAACGGCGACACAAAUCGGUGCUAUACCAACUGAAGGAAUACCCUGUUUGUUAAAGAUGUUGCUUCCAUCUAAUUGUACUGGUCUUCCUGUUCUGUAUAUUCGGGAUCUUCUUUUGAAUCCUCCUGCUUAUGCAAUUGCAUCUACUAUCCAAGCAAUAUGCAGACUUAUGAGCAAUGUAAAAUGCUCAAUUCCUGAGUUUACUUGUGUUUCUUCAGCAAAGCUUGUAAAGCUACUUGAGUUGAGGGAGGCUAAUCAUAUCGAGUUUUGCAAAAUCAAAAGUGUGCUUGAUGAAAUAUUGCAGAUGCAUAGGAACUCUGAGCUCAGGGAAAUUCUGAAAUUAUUAAUGGACCCUACUUGGGUGGCAACUGGGUUGAAAAUUGACUUUGAGAAAUUAGUGAGUGAAUGUGAAUGGGUUUCAUGUAGAAUUGGUGAAAUGAUUUCUUUAGAUGGUGAAAGUGAUCAAAAGACAAGUUCCUACCCUAUCAUCCCAAGUGACUUUUUUGAGGACAUGGAGUCAUCAUUUAAAGGUCGUGUCAAAAGGAUCCAUCUGGAGGAAGCAUUUGGAGAAGUGGAAAAGGCAGCUGAAGUGUUAUCAUUAGCUGUUACUGAAGAUUUCCUCCCUAUUAUUUCAAGAAUAAAAGCUUCCACAGCUCCAUUUGGAGGAUCAAAGGGAGAAAUAUUAUAUGCUCGAGAGCAUGAAGCUGUUUGGUUCAAGGGAAAACGGUUCACUCCAUCUGUAUGGGCUGGUACUCCAGGAGAAGAACAAAUUAAACAGCUUAGACAUGCUGUAGAUUCAAAGGGUCGAAAGGUUGGAGAGGAAUGGUUUACCACUUUGAAGGUAGAGGAUGCACUAACCAGGUAUCAUGAAGCAGGUGCCAAGGCUAAAGCAAGGGUCUUAGAAUUGUUGAGGGCACUUUCUGCCGAGUUACAAGCUAAAAUUAAUAUCCUUGUCUUCGCAUCCAUGUUGCUUGUCAUUGCAAAGGCAUUAUUUGCUCAUGUGAGUGAAGGGAGAAGAAGAAAAUGGGUUUUUCCUACUCUUGCACCAUUCCAUCGGUUGAAGGAUAUAGAAUCUCCAGAUGUAGCUGAUGGGAUGAAGAUAACUGGUUUAUCACCAUAUUGGUUGGAUGUCGUGCAAGGCAGUGCAGUGCAAAAUACAGUUGAUAUGCAAUCAUUGUUUCUGCUGACAGGGCCAAACGGUGGUGGCAAAUCAAGCUUGCUUCGAUCAAUUUGUGCAGCUGCAUUACUUGGAAUAUGUGGAUUAAUGGUGCCUGCAGAAUCAGCUUUGAUUCCUUAUUUUGACUCCAUUAUGCUGCACAUGAAAUCUUAUGAUAGCCCCGCUGAUGGGAAAAGUUCAUUUCAGAUUGAAAUGUCAGAGAUUCGUUCUAUAAUAACUGGAGCCACUUCAAGGAGUCUCGUUCUCAUAGACGAAAUAUGCAGAGGAACAGAAACAGCGAAGGGGACAUGUAUUGCUGGUAGCAUUGCAGAAACUCUUGAUGGAAUUGGUUGUCUUGGUAUUAUAUCUACCCAUUUGCAUGGAAUUUUUAAUUUACCAUUAACUACAAAGAACACUGCGUAUAAAGCAAUGGCAACAGAAUAUGUUGAUGGGUUAACAAAACCAACAUGGAAGCUGAUAGAUGGGAUCUGCAAAGAAAGCCUUGCAUUUGAAACAGCUCAAAGGGAAGGAAUUCCUGAAACAAUUAUCCGAAGAGCGGAAGAGCUAUAUUUUUCGGUUUACGCAAAAGAUGUGCUUUUGGAAAGGAACGACACAAAACUAGAACAGUUUACUUCGGAUACAAAUGUCAAUGGGUACAAUGAAGGCUAUGAUCAAGUUAGCAGUAUCGGUAAAAGAGCAAUCUACCACAAGGUUGAGUCAACUAACCGAAUGGAGAUUUUGUGGAAGGAAGUCAAGAGUGCAGUCACUGUUAUUUGUCAGAAAAAGUUAAUUGAGCUCUACAAGAAGAAAAAUACACCAGAUCUUGCGGAAGUAAAUUGUGUUGCUAUUGCUGCUAGGGAACAGCCUCCUCCAUCGACAAUAGGUGCUUCAAGUGUUUAUAUCAUGCUUAGACCUGACAAAAAGUUAUAUGUUGGAGAGACCGAUGAUCUUGAGGGCCGAAUUCGUGCUCAUCGUUCGAAGGAGGGAAUGCACAAUGCUUCAUUCCUUUAUUUCUUGGUAUCUGGCAAGAGCAUGGCAUGCCAACUGGAAACUCUUCUCAUCAACCAGCUUCCUAAUCAAGGUUUCCAACUCUCCAAUUUGGCAGAUGGUAAGCAUCGAAAUUUUGGCACUUCUAAUCUCUCUUUAGAAAGUGUUCCCUUGCAUAGAUGAAUCCACAUUUCUUGAUAACCAUUAUGUACAUGGUACAAAGCUACAGUGAAAUAUCUCACCAAUGUAGUAUUUAGAUUAUGAAUUGACAUUGUAAAUUAGGGAAUAUAACAUGAGGAGGUCUGACAUUGAACUUGCAGUGGCUGCAGCAAUUUUUGGUCUUCAUCGUCGUUGCUACACUGCAAUAUUCCUUUCUAAAUCACCCAAUCGAAAAAAGAGGGUGUUUUGUUGUUGAUUAAUGGCA